GAGUUCUUGCGCAACUUCUGGCAACGACAAGUGGACACAGCCGAGAAUGAAACGCCAGAUUACCGGCAUCCUGCUCUCCCGCUCGCCCGGAUCAAGAAGGUGAUGAAGAGCGGUCCCGAAGUCAAGUGCGUCCACCAGCAGAACACUCUAAUCUUCACUAACAACUGCUUGCUCAGUCUCUCGGAGAUCACCGCUCGUGCCUUCAUAGUGGCCGACUCGAACAAACGGCGCACACUUUCUCAACAAGACAUCGCCAAGGCGCUCGCCAAGUCGGACCAGUUCGACUUCCACAUCGACAUAGUCCCUCGUGACGAUGGGCAUGGGCACGCUGCUGGCCAAGGCGGGUCGGCGGGACAGGGGUUCGACCAAGCCGCGCGCAAGAAGCGGAAGGAGGUUCGUCGUGGCUGGUCCGGACCGGAUGGAUCUUGA